UUCUGGUUUCUUUCUCUCACACACCCAUUUUCUAUCUCCCAUAAAUUCAACGAACAAGCUUAAGAAAGAAAGAAAAUAUCUCAAUAACUUUUACAAUGAGAGGCACGACGAUGGAGGAAAAAGAUGGAGUCACGAGCUUUUCUGAUGUUAUGCUGUCUGAAGAUGUCCUUGUCUCCGGCGACGAUGGAGAAGACAGUUUUGGUUUCGGAUUCACCGGAAGAGAUUAUCCUCAAAUGCUCUGUUUCGGCAGAGGGAACCAAAACGAUGCCGAAUCGCUCUUUCCAGAAUCCUCUGUUCCGUGUAGAGACUCUACUGCUUCUCAUGUCUCUUCACUCAAUAACGCCUGCAUGGUCGAUGGUAUAUCUUCUAGAUCCAAUAAGAAGAUAACCGGGUCGAGUGAUGAGCAAAACCGUCUCAGCGAUUCAAAACCCGCAAAGAGGUGCAAGCGAGAUCAGAAGAAGUCAUCGGUUGGGAAAGCUAAGGCGAAGAAAGUAAAGUUAGGUGAAAAAAUCACAGCGUUGCAGCAGUUGGUUUCUCCAUAUGGCAAGACAGAUACAGCAUCAGUGUUGCAUGAAACAAUGGGUUACAUAAAGUUCUUACAAGACCAAGUUCAAGUCCUUUCUUCACCGUAUUUGAAACAUCAACCUCUUGACGACGAAGACAACGGAGACAUAAACCCGACGACGAAAGUCAAAGAGUUGAAAAGCAAUGGUCUAUGUCUUGUACCAUUAGACUGGACCGUACACGUGGAGAAUACCAACGGUGCUGAUUUAUGGUCACCUGCUAUCUUGUCACCGACAGUGAACCAGUAAACUGCCAAAGCCAAAUCAUACUACAAAAGUGGCAAAGCUUUUCAAAAUUUCAG